AUGUUCGAUCCAACACUAAACUGGAAAUUGAUUCGAGUAUGGAUUAUUUCAUUUCUUAUAUCCCUUGGUAUAAUGCAUCAUUCCCGACUACGAAAAAUAUUUCAUGUUAUUCUCACAUUAUCUUUAUAUUGGCUAAUUGUAUUAUUCGGUUACAAAGUCUAUGCUAUUCCCAUUAUUAUUUUAUAUAGUUUUACAAUGAUAAUUUGGACUUUAUACGAAAGACGUACAUUAUUUCAAACAUUUAUUAAUUUACAUUAUAUGAAUAAGAAUGAUAAACUUACUUUAAAACCAUGGACAUCAAAAUGGGAAGAAGAAGUUAAAAAUGAAAAAAUUCGUUUAAAUCAAAUUCUUCUAUCCAAAUGGAAACAUAUUUUUGAUAAAGAACUUUCAUCAGAUGGAAUUCUUCAUAUUGGUUCAACUUCAAUAAAAAAUAUCGCGUUUGCUAAACCAGUACAUGAUAUCGCAAUUGCCAUUAUAACAAAAUAUCUACCGAAAGAAUUCGGUGAAGAUUUACGAAACGCUGGGUAUAUAUAUGUUGGUACUGCUCCACACACAUUUUCUUGUCAAGAUCAUUGGUUUUUUAAUAUUACACCAAAGAAUGAAAUUGAUUCCAAAGGAUAUGGAUUUGAUCUUCAUGUUUUAUUACCACCAGCUCAUCAAUGGCUUCGAGAAAAUCUCGAUUUUUGUCAAUAUUUAACUGAACAUUCAAUCGAUCGAGAGAAAUAUUCGAAUUUAAAAAAUGAAAUUUCACAAACUGAAACUGAUAUACAAAUGUAUGCACUGAAAAAGAAGAAACUUGUGCUUAUGUUAUUUGAAAAAUCACGACAAUGGGCUAAAGCUAAAUAA